ACCGAUGAUUCAACUCCACAGUUCGAGAUGCCUUCUCCGCCUUUUCUCCCAGCUCGCGACGUGCCUCUCAUUCCCGAGGAUCAUCGAGAACGAUAUGCCCGCAAAAAGUUGAAUCAGUGGACCAGAUGGCGGGACAGCGUCAUCCCCGAGUUGAUACCGGCCUACCUGACCUACGUUGCAUCUACCGCUAAUAGGCUUGAUAAGUCCUUCGACCUUGUUUGCAAAUGUGACGGCCAAAAACGGAAACUACAAGUUACGGUUGUGUACAUGGACCGUUUGGACAAACUCGAAAUUUUGAUCUGCCCAUGUAUAUCCGCGGCUCGUAGAUUGAUGUUUCUUGGACUAUUUCCCUGCGCCCCCCAGUCGCCGUCCCUUGCAUUUGACCUGAACAUGGUUGAGCUUGUCUCGACCUUGUUUGCGAACGUCGCGCCCAAUGUCACGGCUUGGGCGUCUACUCUGGAAUCAUUUCUCGGAGCGAGAGCGUACAAACUACAGACACGCGACUCCCUCCGUCGACGUUUCGGCAAUGCGUUACAGUGGUACAAAUAUCUGGUGGACUGUGUCCAGAAUAAGAGGGACGAAGUAUUAGCGACCGCUCGGAAGCGGGUCCACGACCAGUUACGAUCACGUCAUGACCGCGCUUCGCUAUCCGAAGGAGAAACAAAUCCACAAGAAUCUACUCCGCCCGACACCGGUAGCGCCUCGUUCCAUCCCUCGUCUGACUGUACGCCGCCAGCGCUCAAACUGACCGAUGGCAUUCCGUCCGAGCGCUACUCUUCCUGUGCCCCAUCAGACCUCCCGCCGACGGAUCACACCUCGUCUGACCGCACCUCGUCCUGCACCUUAUCCGGCCGUACGUCGUCCAAUCACGCUUCGUCUGACCGCGCCUCGUCCCGCACCCCGUGUGACUGCACGUCAUCAGCGCACGCGCCGACAAGAAGCACCCCGUCGGACAAAUGCAGAGAGAGUCCAUGGAAUCCAGCAUCAGAGAAGUCAUUUGGUCAACAGAAGGAUGAUAUGCCGAACGAGACUCUGGAUGACCGUCCCAGUCCUUAUCUGCAAUCGAGGUGCUUGUUGUGUUUUGGAGGAAGAGGGGACCGCAUUCCAUCUAUGUCUCUUGACCUCAUAGUAUGUCUCGACGCGUGUUUCACCCAGAAGCGAUGCGCCGAACGACGACCAUCCAAGGAGGAUGGACCAAAACCGUAUCGACCACCUGGGCGGCCUGGAAAGCGAGACCCGGUCAAGACACAUCCUUCCUCGGUCUUCAUAUCUGAAUGCGAGGUCCGCGCCAUGGAGGCCGAAGUUGAUCGCCGCCGUCAGAAGACAAGGCCAAGUCGUCACUCGCACGAUGGUGAUGGCGAAUCUUCCGGCACAUCCUCCAGCAAGCGCAAAUAUCGCAGCAGCUCAGACCAUGACGAGGCUCCCGAGGAGGACAGGUGUGAAGGUCCUCUAAGGGUUCCAAAUUCUGUUCUAGACGGAUGUGAACAGUCCUUCAAAGCCGCUGACAACCAACGCGAAAAAGCAAGUACCCAAUUCUUCGAAGAUACUGGGUUGAUGGCGUUGACUUGUCGGCACGAUCAAGUACUUUGGCUGGCCAACAUGACCAGUGCCGGGGAGCGACAACACUAUCCAUUGGCGCUCCUACGGAAGCUCUUCGAACACAUACCGGAGUCUUGGAGGGUAGGGGUCUUGUACGAUAUCGGCUGUCAGCUUCAUCGAAGUUGCUUCAAAUGGGGCUAUCUAUCCAAAUACCGGCAUCGCAUCGCGUUCGGAAUCUCUGUCUUUCAUGCAUACGGCCAUCAGUGGCCAUGCCAGGUCGUUUACCACCCCCGCAAGUGCAUAGGGUUUGGCCUCACGGAUGGCGAAAGCUGUGAGCGCCUUUGGAGCGCGCUCGCUCAUCUUGUAGCGGUGUUGCGAGUGAGCGGAUAUCACCAGCGCUUGUACGCUCUCGACUCCCAGUUGCAACAUCUCAGUGGGCUCCACCGCCUGUCGUUCGGGGAUUGGCUCAUAAAGAAAUACAAUAAUUGUAUAUCGCGACUGUCUGCUGCCAGAGAAGAACUCGAGGACUGCGGGAUAGAUCUCGCAGUCCUUAUGCAUGAAUGGGCAUCGCAGCAGGUCUCACAGACGAAACCUCUGCAACGACAACGGAAGAACGCAGCGGAUAAGGAUAUCGAUACUGUGCUGAAUCUGGACGAGGUGGCUCGGGGAUUGGAGAAGAAGAUCAAGGACCUGGAAGGAGUGAUUGUCAGCGGUCACUCUGAUGAAACCACCCGCGUCGAGCUGGGCGAAUAUGAACGCCGGCUCGGGCACGUCAAGACGUCGGCGUCGCGAUAUCGAGCCAGGAUGGACGUCCAGGAACGCGCUAAGUUGGAAAAGCUGCGAGGAAACAAGUUUCUUAACCUCCGUGUCAAUGGCCUUGCGAUGAAAACUCGGCUUCGUGAUCGUUUGCGGCAGCGCAAGUUUGAGCUUUCGCGCAUGGAUCGUAUGCCCCCUGACGAGGAAUCAGAACGGAAGCUUCACGUUCAUGUCGCUAACGCAAUCCACAGGCGCGAGCCUAACAUACAAGCCCUUGCUCGUCGGUAUAACACUCUAUGUACAGAAAUGGACCAGUUAAUUCGGCGCGGGCUUGCACCGCCAGGGGCGGUUGCACCUACGCCUUUAAAAGCAAGUCAACUCUGGACGCUCGACGUCGACGAUCCUAUCUGGCAUGACACUGGGCUGGUUGAUGAGGCGGAUGAUGGAAAGGCGAUCCCUCGCUGGCUUGCCGAUGAAAACGUCCGAAAGGGCAUACGAGCGAUGCUCGAAGUUGAUCGAUGUGAAGAGGAGCUGGUGCGACUGCGUAAGGAGAGGACGACGCUGCAAGAAUGGCUUCAGGAUGAGUGGGCUGCUCUCCAGGGCGCGUUGGUUGAUCAUGCCACCAAUGUGGGGAUUCGGCAUCAGCUUCACAUGUACAGAGAGGAGCUCCUUCGCCUCGCGGUUACGUGGCGCCGGCGCUGUGGUGACAUGGAGGGCAUCCGGAACUGGGAGCCCUCCUGGGGACCAACUGACGACGAGAUG